AUAGUACUUAUCGUAAUACUGACGAUAACAGCGAUCAUAAUCCUAAGAUUUCAACUGAAAAUGAAUUACUGAACGAAUCAACACGAUUGAAAAGAAGUCGGACUUUUAGAAGUCCGGUCAGCACAACGACUAUGCAAGAAUGUGCAUAUCUAACGAACAUAUGCAAAGAACAGAAUUUAGGAAUUCCUGGGCCACAAGGAGUCAAAGGUGACCAGGGAGUAGCAGGAGAGAAAGGUGAAUAUGGAAUAUCAGGAAUGACUGGGCCAAUGGGACCCCCUGGUCCAGCUGGUCUUAAAGGAAGAGAUGGUGCUCAAGGGGACAAAGGAGAAAAGGGCCAUGAUGGUUUACUGGGAUUUCCAGGAUAUAAAGGAGAACAAGGCCUAUCCGGAGUAAAGGGUGAUAAAGGAGACAGAGGAAUCAUAGGCCCUAUUGGUCCUAAAGGGACAGGAGGACCUAAAGGAGAGAUUGGAGAACCAGGAGAAGAUGGCAUUUCAGGCAAACGUGGCCGAAGAGGUCCAGACGGUCUUAAGGGUCAAAAAGGCAUUAUGGGAAUAGCUGGUCCCCAGGGUCAUUCAGGUCUAAAGGGACAAAAAGGAGAGAGUGGGGAAACAGGAGAGCCUGGUUAUAGGAUCACGUGUAAUUGUCCUAGUGGGGAGAAAGGUGAUAAGGGACAAAGAGGAUUAAUAGGUUUUACUGGAUAUAAAGGAGAUAAAGGUUCAGAUGGUCAGAAGGGUGAUACAGGAUUUGGAUUAAGAGGUCGACCAGGAACUCCUGGUAAACCCGGAAUUAAAGGGGAUAUCGGAGACAAGGGUUCAAAAGGAGCAUGUGUCGUUUCUUCUCCCAUAGCAAUGGAAAGUUGGAGAAUCAACAGUGAUUCUCCUUCAUCAGCCGUCCAGUCAGGAGUAAAAAAUCCAGUCGAAGUAAAAACAGAAAACCAGGAGAAUGAUGCAAAUGCCAACACCUUCUCUCAAUACCUCAUCUUAUCUCUUAUAUUGACUUGUAGUUUCGCAAACUUAAGAUGAUUGGAAUUCCACUUUUUCUAAGACGAUCGGGACCAGUGAUUGGUUGUUGGAUUCGAGAUUCCGCGUUGCCUAAUAACUAUUAUGUGACAUAUGACUUCUAUGGGCGUUAUGUGUAUCAAUACACAUCCAAUGAA